AUGGGAAGAUCUUCACGCUAUGAUAUUGCAACUGGCGUUAGGAGAGGUCAAUGGACUUCAGAUGAAGACCAAAAGCUGCUCACCUACAUUCAACAACAUGGCCAUGGAAACUGGAAUUUGUUGCCUCAGAAAGCUGGGCUUAAAAGAUGUGGGAAAAGCUGCAGACUUAGAUGGACUAAUUAUCUGAAUCCUGAUAUUAAGAGGGGAAAUUUUAGUUUACAUGAAGAACAAACUAUCAUUCAACUCCAUGCCCUUCUCGGCAACAGAUGGUCAGCUAUAGCCAUGUACUUGCCCAAGAGAACCGACAAUGAGAUCAAGAAUCAUUGGAACACCCAUCUAAAGAAGCGCUUAGCCAGGAGCGGGAUAGAUCCAGUCACCCACAAAUCAAGAAGCUUGACCCUUGGUUCUAUCAAUGGCGACUCCAAGAACGUUUCAUACCUUAGCCACAUGGCUCAAUGGGAGAAUGCGCGGCUCGAAGCUGAAGCAAGAUCAGUUAGAGACUCCAAACUCCGCCAGAAUGAGCAGCUGGCUGCUGGCUCGGAGCUAGUCAAUAAUAUGGCUACUGCUAGCAUUGUACUGCCAAGAUGUUUGGACGUACUUACGGCAUGGCAAAACAUAGUAGGCAAUAGCAAUAGAAACUAUGGUUAUGGAAUAGAGUUUAGCAGUGGAAAUUCGGAUGCUGAAUCACUAAUAACAUAUAGUCUGAAGAACACAAACUUGGGUGAAUAUAAUGGUGAAAGCAUUGAUGAUCAAACUGGCCAGCCCCAUUUAGGGUCAAGAGGAGGAGAACAGAACGUAGCUUACGGAGACAUGGAUGAGAUUUGGAAUAAUGGUGAAGAAAUUUAUGGAAGACAACAACUUUGGAAUGACAAUCUUGUUGAUUUAGAGGAUUGGGUACCAUCAUAUAUGCAUGCACACAUUUUCUGCUGA